AGAACAUUAAAUCACUCAACUAAAAAGAUUAAAUUGUAAUUAAUGACGAAAAGUGGGGGACCGAUGCGAAAAUUAUGAUCCCUCUUGGAAGUGGAGGAACCGUAGGCAGCCCCACCGCAGACGGAAGUGGUACAACAUCUAAAGCGAAACGUCCAAAAACCGCAUCUCCGAGCGAGACGUAUCAUUCCCCAAACAUUCCGACAGCUAGAGAGAGAAGCACCCGCCGGCCAUGGUUUUAGAGAGAGAGAUGGAGGAGGAGGACGACGAGGAGGAGGCAAUGCUGAAGAAGGCAGAGGAGGAGAGCGAGAGUAACAGCAGUAGUAACGACGCUUCGUCGUGGAGCCGGAAGAUGAUGGUGGAGGAGGCGGCGCGGAGGCUCAAGGGCGGAGAUCUCAGAGCGAAAAUCGAGGCGGCGAGGGAUGUGAGGAAGCUUGUCAGGAAGUCGUCCAGCUCCAAUUCCAAGUCCGCCGUGCGCUGCCGCUUCGCCGCCGCCGGCGCUAUCGAGCCGCUCGUUUCGAUGCUCCACGGCUCGCUUCCCCUCGCAGCUCGGGAGGCCGCGCUCCUCGCGCUCCUCAACCUCGCAGCUCGGAAUCAGAGAAACAAGAUCAAGAUCGUUGCUGCUGGUGCCGUUCCACCUCUCGUGGAGCUUCUCAAGAACCGGACGGGCAAUCUGCGAGAAGUAGCAGCUGCUGCAAUUUUAUCCUUGUCGUCUGCUCCGUCCAACAAGCCCACGAUAGCAGCAUCCGGUGCUGCACUUCUGCUCGUACAGAUCCUCUGCUCAGGAAGCGUCCAAGGAAAGGUUGAUGCCGUCACAGCCCUUUACUACCUCUCGACGUGUGAGGAGGAGCCGAAGCUCGCCCUUGAUGCUAAAGCAGUGCCUCCACUGAUAGACCUCCUGAAAGAAUGCAAGAAGUACUCCAAGUUCGCUGAGAAAACCACGUUCCUGCUCGAGAUCUUCUCUGCCUCUGAAGAGGGACGAGCUGCAAUCACAGACGUCGAAGGUGGGAUUCUAGCUCUGGUGGAGACCGUCGAAGAUGGAUCCUCGGUCAGCAUGUCCCACGCAGUCGGAGCUCUGCUAUCCUUAUGCCAGAGCUGUCGCGAUAAAUACAGAGAGCUCAUUCUAAAAGAGGGCGCCAUACCCGGCCUCCUUCGUCUCACAGCUGAGGGCACUCCUACAGCACAGGAUCGAGCUCGGACUCUCCUGGAUUUGCUCAGAGACUCCCCUCCGGAACGGAGGCUCACCUCCUCCGAGCUGGAGAGGAUCGUCUACAACUUCGCUGCAAACGUCGAUGGGAAAGACAAAGCGGUCGAGACUGCCAAGAAGCUACUGCAGGACAUGGUUCAGAAGAGCAUGGACCUCAGCCUCAACCGGACGAAGCUCAGAAGCUCGCCUCACGCCUCCACGAAGAGCUAGCUUCGUUCACACGAGAAACGAGACGCGUCUUAUAACGACCCGGCUCCCGGAUCGACGGAGAAAUAAGCGUUAAAGCUUCUGCUCAUAUCUGCAACUACUACGAGGUAAUUUCGACAAACCUUAACCCAUAAAUGUUUCUUGUGUUUGUUUUACUUGUAAAUUUCUGUUAGUUUUUAGUUAGGGAAACAUUCUAGAUUUUAGUUGGUUUUUUCCACUCUUAUCACUAUUACAAGCAGUGAAAAAUAUACGAACAAAAAUGGAUGAUUAUUGCGACAAAA